AUGAGUCACAAACUCACAAUAGGCAAAAAUGUAAUUCAUAUGCAACAUUGGACAUGGCAAGACACUAAAGCUUCUACCAAAAGUAAAGCUGCUGAAAUGUCAGCAUUUGUGCGUAGGGGAACUGGUGGAGGACCACCCACCUCAAUAGUACUGAAUGACGUUGAGGAAAAUGCUCUUCAGUUAAUUAAGCCUGUUGCAAUAUCAGGUCAUACAUUAUCAGCUGAAUCCAUUGCAGAGUUUACAUUUGAACCUGAUAAUUUAGAGACUUAUACAGACGUAGAUGAUUUAUUAGAUAAAACUCCAUCAAGUCCUAAUCUUUUUCCUUACCAACUAACUGAAGCUCCUGUUACUUCUAUCAAUAAUAUGUUUCCUAAAUCUAAUCCAACAAUCAAUUCCAAAGUUUAUGGUCAACAAUCUUCAAUUGUUCAAGAAAAAGUUAACUGUAACAGUAACACCAAUAAACGCACAUCAGCUGCAGCUAGAUUGGAUGAAGGCAAUUUAAUUGGCUGA